CAUAUGUGUUGGUUGGUGUACUAUAAAACACCGUUUGGUUGAAGCAGCCUCGGUCUUGGUCUUGACUCUUGUCCGAAAAGGAAAGAGAGAAGAUUCAAACCGAGUACGCGUUGGUUUAUGGUUGCAUCAUGAUCAUGCUCAUGACGUGGACAUUCCUCUGAUAAAACCAACACAACCACACAACACAACCCCAUCUUCACGCUUUCUCAACGGAGUAUUCAGCACAACUUUUUUAGACUCAUCUUUGUUUUUUUCUUCUUUACUCGUUUCACCCACCUUCUGAGGUGACCAUUGGAAGCAAGUGAUACUAUUUGACUUUUGAAGCUCCUUAUACUUCAUUUAGCUAUGACUUGUUUUCCUUUAUUUUCCAGUAAGUCAUCAUCUUCAGCAAGAAAAGACCCAGAAAUUGGUGAAGGCAUUCAUAAUGUUAAACUCUACUCCUACAAACAAUUAAGAAAUGCCACUGAUGACUUCAGUCAAGCCAAUAAAAUUGGAGAGGGUGGUUUUGGUUCUGUCUACAAGGGACGACUUAAAGAUGGAAAAGUUGCUGCAAUAAAAGUUCUUGCAGCAGAAUCAAGACAAGGAGUGAAGGAGUUCUUGACAGAGAUUAAUGUAAUCUCAGAGAUAGAGCAUGAAAAUUUGGUCAAGUUAUAUGGUUGCAGUGUUGACAAAAAUAGCAGAAUAUUAGUCUACAAUUACCUUGAGAAUAAUAGCCUGUCACAAACUCUUCUAGGUGGAAAUCACAAUAAAAUGUACUUUGAUUGGCGAACAAGAUGUAAAAUAAGUAUUGGUAUUGCUCGUGGACUGGCCUAUCUUCAUGAAGAAGUAAGGCCUCAUAUUGUUCACAGGGAUAUAAAAGCAAGCAACAUCCUCCUUGAUAAAGAUCUUACACCCAAAAUUUCAGAUUUUGGUCUUGCAAAGCUUAUUCCAGCAAACAUGACUCAUGUUAGCACCCGAGUAGCAGGAACAAUAGGUUAUUUGGCACCCGAGUAUGCAAUAGGGGGGAAGCUAACAAGGAAAGCAGAUGUUUACAGCUUUGGUGUCCUCCUUGUGGAGAUAGUCAGUGGAAGAUGUAACACGAACACACGAUUACCAAUAGAAGAACAAUUUCUUCUAGAGAGGACUUGGGAACUUUAUGAGAGAAAGGAAUUGGUGGGACUGGUAGAUACAUCACUUGACGGGGAAUUCGAUGCCGAGCAGGCUUGUAAGUUUAUGAAGAUUGGUCUUCUUUGCACUCAGGAAUCGCCAAAGCUUCGGCCAUCAAUGUCUUCUGUGGUGAAGAUGCUCACUGGAAAAAUAGAUGUUGAUGACAGUAAGAUAACAAAACCUGCCUUAAUUUCUGAUUUCAUGGACCUCAAAGUAAGAAGGAACGAAGAAAGUAGUAGUUAUGUGAAGAAUUCAUCUACCUACGAUACAUACUCUUCUUCAGACAACCAUGACACUACCAUGUCUUCUGUCACAACUACAACUUUUGCUGCAGUAUAUGAUGAAAGCAUGAGCAUGUGAACAUCAACACAUGUUGAUUUCUCCUUUAGUAA